GCCUUAUCGACAAACAUCUUACUUCAGUUAUCCCAUUCGUCACUAAACUCAGAAACUUUGUAUCCCAUGUCCUCCACCACGUCCUUACCCGUCCAUGGCCCCGGACAACUAGUCGCGUCGACAGAGACGGUAAAGGCAGGAGAAAAGCGUGCUCGCAGGACCGCUCGCCCUUACAAGUGUGCCCACUGCCCUAAGGUCUUCAAACGCAGUGAACAUUGUAUCCGUCACGAGCGAAGUCACACAAACGAGAAGCCCUAUGCCUGCCAGUAUUGUUUGAAGACAUACUCAAGAAAAGACCUUGUCACGCGGCAUGAAAAGACACUACAUGCGGAACACAACAGUAAAGUCGUCGAUGAUCCGUCUGACGAUGAUGAUGCGUCGUCGGAGGCAACUUCGACGGCUCUCACUCCUCCACAAACGCACAAUAUCCCCAUUUCGGAUUCAGCAGACGCCAUGAACAUGUUUUUCGACACCCUUCCCGAAACCGUCUUUGGCAAUAGUCGACCUCAAGAUCUACCCAAGACACAAGGGGCAGUCUUUGAUCACUUACGGACCCAACUCACUGAAGGAACCACGAAUAGGAGUCAUGUGCCAAACGGACACCCUUCGCUUCCAGAAAAUGGCUCAGCUCUCGGCUCCAUGGACUCUUUUCUUGCAGAUCCAAUUUCACAGUCGGUAUUGCCCAUAUCGACCUUCGACUUCACACAUGACUUUGGUUUCCUCGACGCUCCAGAUUGGAUGGGAUUAUCAAACACAGGUACUGGCCUUGGAGCUUCGAAUGACUCGACUGCCAGCCCUCUAGAGAAGUCAUGCUCAUUUGAGAGUGGUCUUCAUCACGCAGAUAAGGAGACUCGGUCAGAAACCUUGAAGUCUACGUCCCAAGCCAUUACUGGGCGCAACCUUCCACGUCUGCUUGAGAAUAAGCGAUGUACGAAGCCAAGUCUUACCAUGGACAAGCCCAUGCAUGACUCAAUCUGCAGAGACGUGAAUAAGAGACUUACUGGGCCUGACAUAUCCAAGGACAUCCCUCCGUUGAAGGCUUGUCAGAGCUUUCUCUCCAGUUACGUGGAGUGCUUUCAUUGCCACUUGCCCCUGGUUCACCUCCAGACUAUUUCGCAUGGUGACAUUCCUAGCCCCCUGAUACUGGCUAUGUGCAGUAUCGGGGCUCUCUAUCGCUUAGAUCGCCGUCGAGCCCGGCGUCUUUGGGAUCUUGCGCUGAGGCUGAUUGAGCCAAUCCUCACGAGGGAUUGUCCACUCUGGGUUAUGCAGACAAAGUUUCUCCUAACGUUCUUCGCGACAUUCAGUGGCGACAAAGACUUGGCGGCCCAGUCCAUAGGGGAGUGUAGCCAUUACACUUUAUUGUACGAAAAAAUGCGACGUCAGCUGCAACGAGAAAACAUGGACCUCCUAAGUUCAACAUGGGCAGACUGGGUGCAACGCGAAUCAUGGAAGAGACUCCUCGGUGCCAUAUAUGUGACGAAUACGGUCAACACCAUCAUCUACGGCCUCAGUCCUGCCUUCAAUGCCAGUCAAGAUCUAGAAAUUGAGCACUUCCAUGACGAGAACCUCUGGAAUGCGUUAUCAGCCAACGAGUGGCGAGAACUGCGAGCCGCUUACAGAAAGAAGAACUCAAGAACCACCAAGGACAUUCUGGAAGAUGUCUUGGCCGAGAACAACGAUGAUUCCAGUUUCGAAUCAUACAACAUCUCACCAUUUUCUGCGCUCAUCCUGGUACAUGCUAUCCUCAUACACACCUGGCAACUCUCCCAACUUUCGGAAACCUCAGCGGUUUUCUCCUUUCGUUCAAUAACUGGGAAUCCCUCUCUAGGGAGCUCUCUUCUCUCAAAUGCCUUAAUCUCUUUAGACAGGUGUCACGGGCUACUAAAGCAAACUCGAGAAGGUCAGCUUGAGGAUAUGGACGACAACGACAUCACGUCGCUGUGUUUCAGCUCACAUGCAAUCCUCAGAGCCGCCUACAUCCGGCUCUUUGAUAACACUAAGAGCUUUGAUCGUCUCUGUCUGCUCGCUGAAGACCCAAGUACGAUUGACAGCAACGUCACCACUUUCGCGAACACGAAGCUAGAGAGAAACAACGACUGCGUGAAGGUCGUCGAGAAGACGCUGGAGGGUAUCCAGCUACCAGUGAAGAUGGGCCACAUGCUCAUACGUAAGACAGCUGCUUUCCGAUGGAGCGUAGAGCAUGCGGUUGCAGCUUGGGACAAUGUACUAUUCACCACGAAAUGGGCUCACGCGAUCGAAUUAGACAGGAGAAGGGGCAUCGAGCCCAGUGCAUCUGAACUAGACCUGCUCAUGAAGAUCAAAGACGUACUCGAGGAAUCGGACUAUGAUACAGAUGAGAGCGCAUCCCUCGCUGCAGGCUUAGCUAAAACUUGCAGUUUAUUUCUUCAAGACGUAUGGGUAUGGGGUAUCACAGUCAGGAUGGGCGAUGUUCUAGAGCGAUUGGCACGGGCAUACGAGCGAGAGAUGGAGGCUGCUGGGCAUGCAUGUCAACCACAGAACUAG